AUGUGGGCUGGCAACGACCGGACGAGUCGAGCGGCGCACGGCGCGAUGGAAGCGGUGAAGGAUUGCGGUGUCUGCGGCGGGCGUCCAGCCGGAGCGGAUGACGCUGCUCGGGACUGUGUCGGCCCGGUCCUGCGCAAUCUUCACCGCUCGCGCACGAGGAUGGAGCCGAUCGAUAGGGUUGGUUACGAACGCCCUCAACUUGAAGCUCUGCGGUUGCUCUCCGACAUCUUCUACAGCUCGAUCUACGCCUCACACCGCAUUCGCUUCCGACACAUCUUCCCCCUCGGCCACGUCGCGCAGUUCGUCGUGCACGCGACGAACACCGCCAAUAGGCUUGUCGACAAGCAGGCCGUCGUCAUCAACGCCUGGGGCUACCCGGCAACGGCAUACCCCGCGCGGCACUUCACGUAUCUCGGCGGAACGACAUCGCCGAAAGUCCGUGGUAUCCUGACGGCUCAGCUGGCGAUCCAGCUCACUGCCGCCGACCUUGCUGCCGCCGACCUCGCUGCUGCCGCCGACCUCGCUGCCGCCGACGCUUCGACGCGAUCGCCCGACGGUGACAAUACGACAGCAAGCCUCGACGCAGUGCAAGGCGCUAAGGAUGCGACGAACGACGUCCAGGUUGAUCGAGCCACAUCGUCGCAUCUGCGCCGUCGCGCCAGCACCUCGUCGCUCUCUUCUUUGACGUCCGUCCCGACUGAGCCGCCCACCUCGCCACCGCCUGCAGCCCUCGACAAGCCGCUCCGCCGCGUCUUCGAGAUCUACAACUCGCUCUCGGCCCUUCAGGGCCGGUCAUCGUGCUGCCUGGAGGAGCUUGAGUUGUGCAAGACGCUGGAGCUCGACGGACAAUCCUCGGUCUCGCAGUUUGCCAACGCCAUCGGAGCGUCUCUCGCCCAAAUCCAGGCUCACAACGGGUGGAGGCUGCCCGAGUAUGGUCGACGUCGUCGUCGUGCAGUCCGCCAAACUGGUCGUCGAGGUUCCCCAGCCGAGUUUCGGCUCUCGAUGGCUCGAGGUGCCGAGAAGCAGGACGGCCGUCCACGCACCUGGGGAGAGCUCGACAACAGCAUCCGCAACUACGCACUCCGGCUUCAUCCCGACAUAUUCGGCGACCUGGAUCCUCAGACCGCAACACUCUCUCCAGCCCUCGUCAGCCUCCACCUCGACUCGAACCCGCGAUCCGACACGCACAGCAUCUUGCAGUUCCUGUGCCGUCGUCGCAACGAGCGCGCGAGCGCGACGAAGGGGCCGGAGGGAAGAAGCGCGGCGAGUAGGAAGGGGAACCAGACGAAGGGGCCGGAGGGAAGGAGCGCGGCGGCAAAGAAGGGGAAGGAGACGAUGGGACCGGAGCGAAGGAGCGCGGCGAUUAGGAAGGGGAAGGAGACGAUGGGCGCGGAGCGAAGGAGCGCGGCGAUUAGGAAGGGGAAGGAGACGAUGGGACCGGAGCGAAGGAGCGCGGCGGUUAAGAAGGGGCACCAGACGCAGGGGCCGGAGGGGAGGACGAAGAAGCGAUGUGAGACAAUGGGUCCGGAGGGGUUGAGCGCGUCGAUAAAGAAGGGGAAGGAGACGAUGGGUGCGGAGCGAAGGAGCGCUGCGACGAAGAAGCGAAGCCAGACGAUGGGUGCGGAGCGAAUGCGCGCGGCGGCGAAGAAGGGGAAGGAGACGAUGGGUGCGGAGCGAAGGAGCGCGGCGAGUAGGAAGGGGAAGGAGACAAUGGGACCGGAGCGAAGGAGCGCGGCGGCGAAGAAGCGAAAGGAGACGAUGGGACCGGAGCGAAGGAGCGCGGCGAUUAAGAAGGGGAACCAGACGAAGGGGCCGGAGGGGAGGAGCGCGGCGGUGAAGAAGGCGAACCAGACGAGGGGACCGGAGGGGAGGAGCGCGGCAGCGAAGAAGCGAAUUGAGACGAUGGGACCAGAGCGAAGGAGCGCGGCGGCGAAGAAGGGGAAGGAGACGAUGGGACCGGAGCGAAGGAGCGCGGCGAUUAGGAAGGGGAAGGAGACGAUGGGUGCGGAGCGAAGGAGCGCGGCAGCGAAGAAGCGAUGUGAGACAAUGGGUCCGGAGGGGUUGAGCGCGUCGAUAAAGAAGGGGAAGGAGACGAUGGGUGCGGAGCGAAGGAGCGCUGCGACGAAGAAGCGAAGCCAGACGAUGGGUGCGGAGGGGUUGAGCGUCGCGUCGAAGAAAGGACGCGCAACGAUUGCCCGACGGAGGGCAGAGCAGAGCCCUGAGCGGUGGAAGGACGAGUGUUUCCAUUGCCUGAUGACUGGGCAUGGGCACGAAGAGUUGUUCGGCAAGAAGAUCGUCUAUCGUCGACUUGGGGACAACCGCUGCUGCGAAAACUGCUGCGCGUUCGCGCGACGGAACAACGGCGUCCUGCCGUCGCACGAAGAGCUGGAGAAGACCCGUCAGAGGUUGCUCAAACGCAAGGAGAAUCGCCUCAAGCGCCAGCGGGAGUCGGAGGAGGCGCAGGAGGGACGGGACACGAAGCGGGAGAAGAGGUCACGUUCGUCCGAUCCGGAUUCGACCAGGCUGAGCGCCGGCAAGGGCGCGCCUACAAAGCGGCGGAAAUGA